AUAAAAUAAUACUGUUUUAUAGAAAAAUAUUGUUACACCAAAUUCAUUCAAAAUGAUUUUGCAAUAUUUUAGAAUGUUGUAAACAUUUUUUAAAAAUUACAAACUAUUGAGCAAAAUCAUAGAAAAAAUGAGUUUGCUUUCUCAUAAAGUAAGGAUUGUGUUGGUGAAAAUUUUCGAUAGUAAUUUUUUGACAUAUUUCCAUGUAGUUUGACCUGAGGAGUCCAAAAAACGUUUUUAAAAAAUUUAGGCUAGUCGGUGAGUACAAAAAGUGCACACAGCAAAGUCAAAGUGGUUUCUGAUAAUUUAUUAAGGACUUCACAUAAGAGCCCCAUAGUUUGCUCUUGAUUUCUUGUUGAGGGACAUGUUAUAAACAAUCGUCAAAGUUUGAAACACAGUUUUUUGAUGAUUAUUGCUUCCGGUUACAUUGUAGAGGAAAAAGUUGUCAUUGAAAGUUGUAGAGUUUGAAAGUAGCUUUCAAAUAGCGGGUCUUAAAUUAGAAAAAGGUAAAUUUGUUUAGUUACAAAUAAACUUAUACCAUUAAAAAUAGCACUUUUUUAAUUCUUUAAUAACUUUGCUAAUAAUUAUUGAAUUUUUUCAUAACUUAUCAGGAAUAUUGUCCCUAAAAGGCUCAAUAAAUUAAGAAAAUCUCACAGUUUUUUAUCUAGAGAGUUAAAAAUUGUCAUACUUUUGUAUUUUCACAUGUAGAUUACAGGAAAAAUAUAGCAAAAAUGAUUAGAAUUGAUCUUCAUGUGGUUUACAGCGGAAAACUAAAAUCUCUUUUUAAUUUAUUAUUGAUAAUAAUUUUACUCAUGCUAGUUCUAACAAUUCUUAAUCUAGUAUAUUUUUAUAUUUAGGAACUCUCGGCUUUUAGUAUGAGUUCAACUCGCACUUGUCCGUUUUUUUAAAUUGCGUUUUAACGUUUAAAAAUAAUGCCGAACUUGAAGUAUUGUGUCAAUGUUUUCAGACGGAUAGUGCAUUUGAAGGGUGCGUUGUAACAAAGAUGUAUCCGCCAAAAUGACACUUUAAUGGUACGGUCACAGCUCGGCUGCCUGCCUGCCUGCAGGUCGUCAUGGCAAUACAUAAGAGUAAGAGAGUCAGACAAUUUAAAUUAUUCGUCUCCUCUCUCUUACUCUCGUGGCGGCUGCCUGCGCAGGCAGGCAGGCAGCCGAGGUGUGACCGUGCCAUCACUUUUAGAGCUAAAUAUCAAUAAUUAAUAUCAGUUUAUUGAUAAUCAAAAAUUGUUUGUAAUUAUCAUACAGUUUAACUAAGUAAAAAUUUCUUACUGUUUUAUUAAAUUAGGUUAAACCUUAUAUUGUACAGAAAAGGAUUUAUAACGUCUUUGAUGCGAAUCUAACCUACAAAAAAUUGUCUUUUAACGCUUUGUUACAGCGCACCCUUCAUUUGCAUUCGUCUCUUGCACUGAAUCAAAAAUCUGAAAAUUAGGUUCGCUUGACGCUUCUUCCCAUCCUCUCAUUUGGUGAGGUCAUCCAUAGUUUUAUUAGCAGGGUUCUGAUUCUAAGUUUCCUUAAACUCCUUUAAUCGAUCUUCCAAUUUUUUGUAAAAAAUAAUUCAUUCCACUUUUUUGAGAUUAAUUCUGGAAAUACAAGUUACAAUUAAGAGUAUUAAAAUGGGUAAGAAUACCUGAACUGGACUAAUAAAACGACGCAAAAAAAUUAAUUGUUUAUAACUUUUAAACGAGGGGUUUCUCACUCAUGAAAUAACGUAAAGUUUUGGCUCAGAUCUUGUCAUACUCUGUAUCAACAAAACUACAAUUAUGUUAUAUUUCGUGAAAGUCUGUCAAAGUCUGUCACUGAACGCGUGCGCAAGGGAUUAGGUAAAACGCUCAACUUUGCAUGAUUUCGUAAAAAUCUGUCAAGCAAUGUUUAAAUGAAUCCAACGUUUUUCUAGUGUGUUGUAAUUAAAACUUUCACAUAAGGAGAGAUUAUCACAACCAUUGGGGGGUAGACUUUAUCAUCUACCCCUGAUAAGUCAUGUGAUUCAGGGCCGAAAAAUUUAAAUAUUUAAAAAAAUAAGUUUGAAGAUUAUCAUUUGUUUGUGCUGAAAUAUUUUAUGGCAUUGUGUCAGACUAAUAACCACAAAAAUGAGCAAAAAGUUAAAAAUUUGUGAUAAAUUGAAUAUUAUUAAGGUAUUAGAAAAAGGUGUAGCCGACUCUACAAUAUCUGACAUAAAAAAAUAAAGAACAAAUUAAAGAAUAUUCUGUUGAGAUUAUAAAUACGGAUGGCUCAUUACAAAAAUAUACAAAAAAUAAUAUUGAAAGUAUGAGGAAAGAGAAAAAGCAAUUUUUGCAUGGUUGCACCAGAAACGUUUAUAUAUUAUUAUAUAAAUAUUAAUAUACUAAAUAGUAAAUAUGUAUUUCCAACUAUUGGUAAUAUUUAAAUUUUUUACAGUUUAUUAUUCUUUAUUAUUUUAAAUUUAACAAAUGAAUGACCUAGAAAAACUUUUUUUUUAUAAUCACGGCCCUGAAGUCUCCGCCCAAGUAGGAGGAGAUUUCAGAUAAUAGACGUCCUACUGUAAUAAGAAUCUAUUUUAUAAUAGUCACAACGAAGUAUCAGUAUAGAAUUACUAAUAACUUAACAAUGAUUAUGAUGUUACCAACAUUAUCUGACUUAUCAAAAUUUAAAUUAUUUCGUCGCGCACCCGAUGAUGGAAAAUGUGAAAUUUUAUUUAUUCUUGUUCCUGGUUUGUUUGGAAAUGAACUCUAUCGAGAAAAGAACACCAAAGCUAAUAAAUUGAUUAGAGUAUAUCCACCGCCAUAUAGUUUAGUUCUUCGUCACAAGUUAAAUUCCUUAACUGGGCGAAUACAUGGAUCUCAAUCUCAAUGGGAACAAGUAAUAGAACAGCAUUUACUUAAUCCGAAGAAUAAACUCUUUCCUGGAAAAUCGAUUAAAUCUUACUUUGGACACUAUAUUUAUCAGCCUCUGUAUGAUUUAAUUUUAGGUGAUAUUGGAAAGCAUAGACGAGUUCAUUUAAUGGAAUUUACAUACGAUUGGCGCAAACCGCUUAUUCAGGACAUUCACUAGGUGGGUAUAUUGUGCGUUUAUUAGUAGAAUCAUCGGAUUUUUCUAGUUUUGACGGUAUUGAACGCAUAACAAAAUGUAUUUAUGCAUCAACCCCACUCUUUGGCCAACAACGACUUUUUCAAUUAUUUGAAAAAAUAUACGAGCUGCAAAAGACAAAUUUUACAUCAACCUUGUCGCUGCAAGAAAAAGUUUUCUGUGAUACCGUAAUUGAUGAAAUACGGGUACAAAAGUUGCGUCAACAACUACACGAUAUGUUAAGUGAGAAUGUGUUUUUUGACAAAUCCAAAUUAAUUGACUUUCUUUGCAACUUUAAACAAUCAUUAGCCUUAUUGAUUCGCCACGAAGAAAUGAAAAACGUAUCACUGGAGUGGAUGUGCAAUGUAUUGGAAAUAGAUAUAAACUAUGCAUUUUUUGUAUAUAGAACAACAGAAUCAUUAUCGACAUUAGAAAAGAAAUGUGACUCAAUCCUGUACGUAUGCUGUUACAAUAUAAAUAAUGAUCUUCUGCACAAUCAAUUAGGCCCAAACUAUAUCAAUGAUAAGUGUUUUUUAUAUACAGUGCACGAAAUAGAACAAAUGAACAAGUGUCGAAAUUUCAUCCAAAUACGAGAUACUUCUAAGCAACUUGAUAACACUAACAUUUUUUGUAGUUCAUAUGUAUUACAUCAUUUAAAAGCAAUAUUGCUUGACCAAUAAAUAAUAUUACAUUUCUUUACAGUGUGC